CCUUGUCUGUGUGACCAUGUCCUGUGGCAGCCUGUGUGUCCCCUCCUGUGGGGUGGCCACCCCGGCCCCUCUGGCUGACACGUGCAACGAGCCCUGCGUGCGGCAGUGCCCCGACUCCACGGUGGUGAUCCAGCCCCCGGCCUCAGUGGUCACCUUCCCCGGGCCCAUCCUCAGCUCCUUCCCCCAGCAGAGCGUGGUUGGCUCAGCAGGAGCCCCCGGCGUUGGAGGGGGCUUUGGGGGCACUUUUGGAGGCCGUGGGGGCUACGGAGGCUACGGGGGCUAUGGGGGCUAUGGGGGUUAUGGUUAUGGGGGCUGGGGCUAUGGAGGCCUUGGGGGCUAUGGGGGUUGGGGCUAUGGAGGCCUUGGGGGCUAUGGGGGUUAUGGCUAUGGAGGCCUUGGGGGCUAUGGGGGCUGUGGCUAUGGGGGUUAUGGCUAUGGAGGCCUUGGGGGCUGGGGAGGCUAUGGGGGCUAUGGCAGCUGUGGGUACGGGGGCUGGCGCCGUGGCCACAGGUACCUGAAUGGCAACUGCGGGCCCUGCUGAGCCCCAGCCCGAGCCCGGCCACGGAGCCAGGAGAGCUCCAGAAGAGCCACUGGCACAUCCCGACACGACCCUCUGUGGAGAAACAGCCCUUCAGCAUCACUGGCUCCAGAGCCUGGACACCUCGUGCCUGCCUGGGAACCAGCUCUGCCUUCCUGCUGCCCCCCCUGAGCCCCCCAGAGCCCCCUGGCCCUGCUGACAGACACUCGCUCUGGCUCCUGCUCCUGUGCCCAGAUGGGGCUCCUCGGAGCUCUGCAGCUGCCAGGAGACAGGGCUGCCCUUGGCCAGGGCCCUGCUCUUGUCCCAGCUCCCUCCUCCCCUCCAACUGCAAUAAAAGCUGUCUUGCAUUGCAAUGUU